UAAUAACAUUAAAAUAAAAUAUUUUUAAAUAAAAAAAAUUUUUAAAAAAAUUUUAAAAUUUGACAAAAAAUAACAGAAAGAUUUUAAAAACGUGUUUAAAAAAAUGUCAAAUAAAAAAUUCAUUUUAUCUAUGGUGGUUUUAAGUCUACUGGCUACCACCUAUGCUAUAUCCAGUACCUGGGGUAAUAUAUCAAAUUCCGCCCAGUUAUUGCAUGCCGAGCAAGUAUUCAAUGCUUCUUCACCGGGAAAAUAUGUGACUCAUGAAAUUAAAUUUCCCAAAAAUGGCAUUGGUAAUGGACGCAUCAUUACCGGAAUCAGAGCCUUCGAUCAGGUGACAAAUGGCACCGGCGGACAUGCAACCAUUUACUCGGGUGGACCCGGUUUCAAUUUUGUCAACAUUAAACUGCAGUCACAAUACAAUUAUGGUCUUAUGUUCCGUGUAGAAAUUUAUGGCAAAUAACAAAAAUAUUUUUUAAUAAAAAAUAUAUAAAAAGUUUUUUUAUUAUA